AAGGAACCUGUUGGGAGGAGCUCAGGAGUGCAGGAGGGCCAGAAAAGACCUGGAACCAGACAGGGGACUAAUCCAGCUGGAGAGGCACUUCCUAGCAGCAACAGUUCCAGUCAUGUUCAACUACCUAGCAGUAGAGGUGAGACCACAGUUCCACCGCAACUAUGGGGGACAGCAAGGGGUGUCUGGGCCACUGAAGAGCCGUCUAGAGCAACUGAAGAAGCCGUGGUGGAGGGAGCCCACGCCACUGGUGCUCCAGCACAGUGAAACAGCCAGGCUUGCUAUAGAUGCCUUUCUUGAGCAGGGCGAACGUGGCUACCUGAAUGCCAUCACUGAGGAACGGGAGCUGCCUUUUCUUUCCACCCUGGACAUGGAAUAUAUGAGCCAUCAGAGAAAUCAAAGCUUUCCAGAUCCCAGUGCAAUGAAAGAUAAAGAUGCUGACCCUGGUGAUGUGGACACCGCAGAUAGGUCCUCCCUCAACUCUGAACUAACAUCUGGCACCUACUUUCCACUGAUGUCUGAUGUGCACCCUCCAGAGCUGGAGCUGGGCUGGCCAGGGAUGCCCCUCCUCACAGCAGCUGGCCAGACUCAAGCCACUGUGAUUUUCCAAAGAAACAAAGCCAACAGCAUUAAGGAUUUGCUCCGGUCUCUGAUCAGCCGGGCACGGACGGUGAUAGCAAUUGUGAUGGAUCUGUUUACAGACAUGGAAAUACUGUGUGACCUGCUGGAGGCCUCAAGCAGGCGGCACGUCCCUGUUUACCUGAUCCUGGAUGAAGAGUACUUGAAGCAUUUUGUGGAAAUGUGCAAUAAAAUGGCUCUCACUCAGGACAACUUCCCAAACAUGCGCAUAAGAUGUCUGAGUGGAGACACGUACUACAGCAAAGCAGGCAAGAAAUUUGCAGGCCAAGUUCUGGAGAAGUUUAUCCUGAUUGAUUGCGACCAAGUUCUUGCUGGUACAUACAG